UGUCUGGACGGAUCCCGUUAUCCCCUAUAAAUACAGUCUGCAGCGCUGCAGCUGCAGCUUCACUGGUUCUGCAGUCCCAGAUAAACAUCCAACUAAAGGUCUCCUUCAUAACAUCUUGCUACCUCUGAGGGUCAGAGAGGAUGUUAAUGAUGAUAAUGAUGAUGAAAAAGAAGAAGGGGGCUAAAGAGUCUCUGGCUUUGUUGGCCUUCAUUCUGGCUUCAGCCAACUGUAUUCUGCCACCAUCCAGUGAAGAACUUAAUGAGCUCAGCCUACUGGGUGAGAAGUAUCUGGAUAAGCAGAUUGAAAAUGCCAUCGAUGGCGUGAAGGAGAUGAAGACGGUGAUGCAGAAAUCCUCUGAGGACCACAAGAAGUUUUUAGAUGCUCUGGAGAAAACAAAGGAACAGAAAGAGGAGGCGAUGCGCGUAGCUGAGGAAAUGGAAGCCAAGCUGGCAAAGGAGGAGGAGGUUUGCAACGACACCAUGAAGGCUCUGUGGGAGGAGUGUAAGCCCUGCCUGAAGAAGACCUGCGUUAAAUAUUACUCUAGGACCUGCAGCAGCGGAUCCGGUCUGGUGGGACGUCAGCUGGAAGAUGUGCUGAACAGAACAUCUCCCUUCUCCAUCUGGAUCAACGGGGAGAGGAUUGACACCCUGGAGCAGGAGGGCCAGCGGCAGAACAAAGAGUUCAAGAACCUGGAAGAAAAAUACACAGAGAUGGAAGGCGGAGUAGAUACCAUCUUCUCAGAUAGUAUGAAGGUUGCCGAUCACAUCAACCCUCCGAUGUUCUUCUUUCCUAAAUUCCUGGCUCCGGUCACUCGUCGCGCCAGAAGCAUCCACAUGCUUUUCCAUGAUCCUUUCCACAGCUUCCGGAGCUUGUUCUCCCCUAUGACGGGAAUGAGCAGAAACCUGUUUGGCUCCAUGGACUCCAUGAUGGACUUGGACUCUGAUGCUGCCACAAAUGAGGACGGCAACGUAAACGAGGACGUGAUUAUUACGAGGCCUUUCGGCAAUGGCCGGAUGACCUGCAGGGAGAUCCGCCGCAACUCAGCUGGCUGCAUCAAGUUCCGUGACGAGUGUGAGAAGUGCAAAGAAAUCCAGCAUCUCGAUUGCUCUGGGAAUAAGCCUCUGGAGGGCCCACUGAAGGAGGAGCUGGAGGCUGCACUGGCGAUGGCCGAGAGCUUCACCCAGCAGUAUAACUCCCUCCUGAAGAGGCUUGAGGAGCAGAUGUUUAACACCUCCUCCAUCCUCGACAUGCUCAACAGGCAAUUCGGCUGGGUGUCGUCUCUGGCAAACAACACCAAGGAUGGCAUUUUCAGAGUGAAGGGGGUGAUUUGCAAAGAUGACACUGAGGAGUCCUCAGGCGGGGCUGAAACCAAAGUCUCUGUGCAACUCUUUGACUCUCCCCCCAUGAACUUCACCGUGCCGGGCGACAUUCCCUGGACCGACCCAAAGUUCUCUGAGGUGGUGGCUCAGAAGGCGCUGGACCGCUACAAAGAAACCAGCAUUGUCGUAAAAUAAGCGUAAGCCAUAUCACCAGGAUCCUGGACUUCUGCUGAUUAGAAAAAUGCUCUGAAUACGUCAAAGAAAAAGAACCUGGAAGGAGGCAAACCCUGAAGCUAACACUGCAAAUUCCAAGCUUCCUCUUCUACUCCUGCUUUUGCAACAAACACCGAGUUAAGCAGCUAAGGUUUAAUCGGUAUCAUUAGUCCUGCUGUAAGAGGAGAUAAGGUCCGACUUAUAUCUGUAGUACCGCCUAUGUCCAGGAAAGCCUGUAUGUGAGCUGGGUCUGCUUACAGGUCCCAUGCUGCAGUAAGCGUUUUGUGCUACAUCUUAUGUGAUUUUAGGACAUAAAAGGACAUUUUACUUUUCUUUUCUUUUUUGUCAAGUUGUUCAGAGACUUUUUUUAUGAUCUGGGGGCUAUUUCACAAAAAUAACAGAAAUCCAGGAUAAGAGGAGAAACCUUGGAAUUUUAGUCAAAGUAUCCUGUUUUAUUUGGAUCAGGAGGACCAAUUAUAACCAACUUGCUGCAAUAAAGGAUCAACAUUUCACUAUGUUUGACAGCUCAGCUUCUAGGCUGUAUUCUGUUGCCAAUUAAGAUUAAAAAGUAGGCAGCUCUGCAAGAAAAGGUAGAAAAAAAACAACUAAAAAUGAAUCUACCUAAUUAUGCUGGUCUGGAGCAGGAUCAGUGUCUGUUUUAAUAGAAUCAGGGGAAAAUUAAAAAUCUUUGUCUUAAUCUCUUAUCAAAUCAAUGUUUUGUGAAAUGGCUCCCAAUCCUCAGUGCUGCUGUGCUCAUGUAGAUUCCUGAGAAAUUUAAAGUGGUUGUUUUUCAUGACUUUAACUGUGAUUUCAGAGACUCAAGUGAUUUCUUUUCAUUCGCUCUUAAAGCAGCAAUAAGUACAUCUAAUAAAACCUGCUAAAACAUAUUGUUUUUUU